AUGAAUUUUUUCCUCAAAGCUUUACUGUGCGCUUUUUUGGUGAAGGCCAUUGCAAAAUCAGCGGUCCCCACAAAAAGUGGUACAGAUUCUAGAAAACCACAGUGUAAUGUAAACAACUACUUUUAUGCCGGACCGAAUACUAAGAAGAUCGAACAACAACUGGCCGAAAUCAGAGAAGAAAUCAAGGUGCUCAAAGAAAACCGAACUGGUGGUGGCGGUUCUAACGGCAAAGGUAUUUCUUUGAACAGCCCUCUUUUCACUGUCUUUUAGCGCUCUGAUCCUAGCGAUUCAGUACUUUCUUUUAAGCGCGCUUAUUGUCUGCAAACGAUUGAUCAGUUGUGUUUCGAUUCACGGCUUAAUAACAGCAACCAGGAGGUUUUACGACUUAAACGGCCUACUCGCUGAUGGGCAAGCGAAGUAAGUGCCAAUAAGUGCGUACAUUCAUCCCAUAGUGGUCUAUAUUAGCCCCGGUUCAACGAGGGUCGUUUUAAACUUUAGGAUGAGUAAGUAAGGCCCACUACUCCAUAUCCACUGUGGAAAAGAAGAGCCCAAAACCAUCAGCAAGAGAAUAAUAAGCUGUUCAUAAAUUUGCGUAUAAGUAUCGGGUAAUAAGGUUGAAUAUAGGACUGUCAUAUCAUCAUAUCACUAGUACAAGUCUCCUGCGGAAAUUCACACGAAUCCGAUUUUCAUUUACAAUUUUCCUUUUCCACUAGUCGUAAGCGUUACACUGGCCGUUCUAUUUUCAGUUUACAAGAACUGUGCCGAAAUUUACCAGUUCGGUAUAAAGAUCAAUGGAGUGUACAAAAUCAAUCCUGAUGGUUUGGGCGAAUUUGAAGUGUACUGUGAUCAGAAAACUGCUGGCGGAGGUUGGACGGUGUUCCAGAAGAGACAAGAUGGCUCUGUGGAUUUUUACCGCUCUUGGGAUGACUUCAAACGAGGCUUUGGUAAUCUGAACGGCGAGUUUUGGCUGGGACUGGACAAGAUUCAUCGUCUGACUGUAAGCGGCAGUUACAAGCUUCGCGUGGACUUGGAAGAUCUUCAUGGCAGUACAGCAUUUGCACAGUACAGUUCAUUUGCUGUGACAAGUGAAAGGGCAAAAUACCAAUUGAGUUUGGGAAGUUACUCAGGUACGUUAUGACACCCCGGUUUGUGAUUUCAAGCCUAAUAAAUCGAACAUGAAGCUCAAGACGAGUUUUGGUAAAUACGCACCAUGCAAUGUAAUCUGAGUUUGAGGCCUUCUCACCUUCGUUCUCCUCCCCCCCACCCCCUUCAGUCUUCUUUACAAGAAAAGCCUCGGUGCCCUACCCGAGCUACAUGCGAUAAUGCAAUUAAUUCGGCCGAANCUGUGCCGAAAUUUACCAGUUCGGUAUAAAGAUCAAUGGAGUGUACAAAAUCAAUCCUGAUGGUUUGGGCGAAUUUGAAGUGUACUGUGAUCAGAAAACUGCUGGCGGAGGUUGGACGGUGUUCCAGAAGAGACAAGAUGGCUCUGUGGAUUUUUACCGCUCUUGGGAUGACUUCAAACGAGGCUUUGGUAAUCUGAACGGCGAGUUUUGGCUGGGACUGGACAAGAUUCAUCGUCUGACUGUAAGCGGCAGUUACAAGCUUCGCGUGGACUUGGAAGAUCUUCAUGGCAGUACAGCAUUUGCACAGUACAGUUCAUUUGCUGUGACAAGUGAAAGGGCAAAAUACCAAUUGAGUUUGGGAAGUUACUCAGGUACGUUAUGACACCCCGGUUUGUGAUUUCAAGCCUAAUAAAUCGAACAUGAAGCUCAAAACGAGUUUUGGUAAAUACGCACCAUGCAAUGUAAUCUGAGUUUGAGGCCUUCUCACCUUCGUUCUCCUCCCCCCCACCCCCUUCAGUCUUCUUUACAAGAAAAGCCUCGGUGCCCUACCCGAGCUACAUGCGAUAAUGCAAUUAAUUCGGCCGAACCUGCUGUAUCAGUAUGAGAAAACAAGCGUUUUAUAACUUUUCUAGCUCGUAAAACUAUUGUCUAGAUCAUAUUGAACAGAUGAUUACUUUGUUUGGACAGCAAACCGCUUAAUCAAACAUCUUGCCAGCAACUCAUAUGAAAAACUAGGACGAUAUAAUUCACGGUGUUGUUGUUGUCUGAUCAUUUUUUUUUAAGGUACCGCUGGAGAUUCCCUUGCGUAUCACAGAGGAUAUCCAUUUACCACCAAAGAUCGUGAUAAUGACAGCAAGAGUGGUAACUGUGCCGUGACAUAUAAAGGCGCCUGGUGGUACAAUAAUUGCUACGACUCCAACCUGAAUGGUUUGUAUCUUCACGGCAAGCUCAAUAGUCAAGGAAUGGCGUGGCACAAGUGGAAAAAGAACAGCUACUCUGUGAAGAGAUCUGAGAUGAAGAUACGUCCGAGGGAUUUUUAA